AUGGCCUCCCAACUGCGGUACGAUAACCAGGUCGCCAUCGUCACGGGUGCGGGUAACGGGCUCGGCAAGCAAUAUGCCUUGUUCCUAGCCUCGCGCGGUGCCAAGGUCGUGGUCAACGACCUCGGCGGGUCUUUUAACGGCAAAGACGCCAGUGGCCGUGGCGACGCGAGGGUUGCGGAUGUCGUCGUCAAGGCGAUCCGAGACGCCGGCGGGGUCGCUGUGGCCAACUACGACCCCGUGCAGCAGGGCGACAGAAUCGUCAAAACGGCCAUUGACGCAUUCGGCAGAGUCGACAUUCUCAUCAACAAUGCAGGCAUUCUCCGAGACAUCACAUUGCGAAACAUGAAGCACGAGGACUGGGACAUUAUCAUGGAUGUGCACGUCCACGGUGCCUACAAGACAGCCCGUGCAGCAUGGCCAUAUAUGCGCAAGCAGAGAUAUGGCAGGAUCAUUAACACAUCGUCGUCAUCAGGGCUCUUUGGCAACUUUGGCCAAAGCAAUUACGCCGCCGCCAAGAUGGCCCUGGUCGGAUUCAGCGAGACCCUGGCCAAGGAGGGUGCGAAGUACAACAUCACCUGUAACGUGCUUGCGCCUGGUGCCGCCAGCAGGCUCACGCAGACGGUGUGGACCCAGGAUAUGAUGGAAGUCAUGAAGCCAGAUUGGGUUGUCCCUCUUGUGGGGGUGCUGGUCAACGAGAAGUGUCGGGAAAGUGGAAGCAUUUUCGAGGCUGCAGCGGGCCAUUACAGCAAGAUCCGAUGGGAGCGCAGCAAAGGAUUUCUCGCGAACCCGGAGUUCUUGACCGCCGAAGUGAUUCUAGAGAACUGGAACAAGAUCGUGGAUUGGAAUGGUGCCGAACACCCCAGUGAGCCGGCGAACACGUUGGGAAUGCUCGAAAAGGCCAAGACCUUGCCCAGACUAACGUCCAAUUCGAGCAAGAAGGUCAGCUUCAAGGACCAAGUCGUCCUGGUGACUGGCGCUGGCGCUGGGUUGGGAAAAGCGUACAGUCUGCUGUUCGCUAAGCUCGGCGCGAAGGUUGCAGUGAACGACGUGAAAGAUGCCGACAAAGUUGCCGCCGAGAUCAAAUCAAACGGAGGCGAAGCUCUAGCUCUGCCACUUUCUGUGGAGGAAGGGGAGGCUAUUGUGCGGAAAGUAGUGGAGGCUUAUGGCCGUAUUGAUGUCGUCGUCAACAAUGCUGGAAUUUUGGGGGACAAGGCUUUCACCAACAUGACGGAUGAACAAUGGUACGAAGUGAUGAAAAUCCACCUGCGCGGGACAUAUCUGAUCACAAGGGCUGCCUUCCCUAUCAUGCUGAAGCAGAGAUACGGGCGAAUUGUCAACAUCACAAGCACCACCGGCAUAUACGGCAACUUCGGUCAAGCCAACUACGCAGCCGCGAAGUGCGGCAUAGUCGGCUUCACGAAAACCGUCGCUCGAGAAGGAGCCAAGUAUAAUAUAGUCGUCAAUACGCUGGCUCCGACUGCCGGCACCGAUAUGACUCGCACAGUGUGGCCCGAGGAAAAUGUCCGGCUGGUUAAGCCAGAUUACGUGGCGCCACUCGUUGCGGCCCUGUGCAGCGAAAGGCCACCCGCCACGGGUCAGAUAUUCGAGUCCGGUUGCGGAUGGAUCGGCGCCACGCGCUGGCAGAGAGCUAGAGGAGUCGAUUUCGAGCACGACAAGGGUGUGCCGAGCGUCGAAAAAGUGGCCGAGGCCUUCCCAGAAAUCUGCAACUUCGACAAUGGACAGGCCGACAAUCCAGACACGCCACAAGAGGGAAGCAAGUAUACCAUGGGCAACGUGCUGAAGAACCCGCAGAUUGCUGCAGGUUUAUCCCAGGAGAACCGUGCGAAUCGCAAAUACAUUGCCAAGUUUCAGGAAGCCAUGUCGAUGAAACCCACCCCAUCCACCUAUACUUAUGACGAUCGGGAUGUCAUUCUCUACAACAUCUCCAUGGGUGCCCACCGGACUGAUCUAGAUCUCGUCUACGAGAACGCUCCGAAUUUCCAGGUCCUCCCGACGUUUGGCAUAGUGCCCACUUACACUGCGACAACGCCGUGGAGCAUCAAGGACAUCGUACCCAACUACGACCAACGCAUGCUUCUCCACGGUGAACAGUAUUUGGAAAUCAAGCAGUUCCCCAUUCCCACGGCGGGCACACUGAGGACCGAAACGCAUCUGAUCGAAAUCGUGGACAAAGGGAAUGCUGCGCUGGUGCGGCGCGGCUCGACAACGGUCGACAGCACAGGCAGGCCCGUGUUCUACAAUGAAAACGUCGCCUUUAUACGCGGAUCGGGGAACUUCGGCGGCCAGAAGAAACCUUCGGACCGUGGUGCCUCGACUGCGGCGAACACUCCACCUGCUCGUGCACCAGACAAGGUCGUCGAGGAAAAGACAUCAGAUGACCUUGCAGCACUGUACCGGCUGAUGGGUGAUCGCAAUCCCCUGCAUAUCGAUCCCAAAUUCUCGGCUGCCGGUGGGUUUAAGGUUCCCAUCCUCCAUGGCCUGGCAACAUUUGGCAUCAGUGGUAAACAUGUCUUCCAGGCAUAUGGUCCCUUCAAGAACAUCAAGGUGAGGUUUAGCGGCACAGUUCUGCCUGGCCAGACCAUCGUCACCGAGAUGUGGAAAGAGGGAGCCAAGGUAGUAUACCAGGCGAAGGUGAAAGAGACGGGCAAGUCGUGCAUCAGCAGUGCAGCAGUCGAGCUGUUGCAGGGGUCUUCCAAAUUGUGA